GACGUAUAAAGGCCUCGACGACCUUGUAGGGUGCCUGUUCCUUUUAUAAACUUGAAAAAAAAAACAAAACAUAUACAUACAUACCGAAAAUUGCCGAAUCAUGAAGUUCUCCAGUUCUUCCAUCUACGCAUUUGCUGCGCUGUGUCUCUCGCAGAUCUCGGCGGCGAGUUCAUCCAAUCUCACCUUUGGCGAAAACUAUGCCGUCUUGAACCUCGACUUGAUCAGCGGCGCGGUCGCAUACGUGAAUACCACGACCAGCGGAGAGAAAUGGAUCAAUAACACUGCGACAUGGAUCAACACUGUCCACCAGCAAUCGCCGCCGCCGCUUAGCAUCUUCACCCGCAUCUAUUAUGCCAACACCAAGCGUCCAGAGCUUGGAGCCGACACUCCGUAUGCUACCGCCGCGGCGGUUCUGGGAAAUGCAACCGCAACCUCUGCCAUCAGUGAAAUAUACCCUGCCUUCGUGCCGCUGCCGAAUUGGGAUGUUGUGCUCGAGAAGGCCCGGUACUAUGCUGGUGCCGGCAACUCUCUGGAGGAAAUCCUUCGCGCCCAGAAGAUCGACACCGUCAUUCUGUCUGGAAUCAGUGGCGCGGGUGUUGUUCUGAGCACGGCGUACCGUCUCUUCGAUCUUGAUUACAGAGUAAUCGUCAUCUCAAACAACACUAUCGAUCUCCCCCCGUAUGGAGACGCACUUACCGAUGUCAUUUGCAAUGAGCUCCUGCCCACUCUUGACAUCGAAGUCAUCACCGUCGAUGAGGCCAUCGCUGCUCUCAACCGAUCGGGUCCGGCCGUUUAUUAAGCCUGCAAUGUCGACGAUGAACAACGAGACCUGGUGUUAUCUCUUAUAUGGUAACCCCAUAGACGACUGUAUAUGUAUCCUUAGCUUCACGAGUAUUAUAUAAUGCAGGAAUGUUCCUAUUAACUAUGUCG